AGUUGGCUACUUCCGGGAGGGGAACAAAGUUGAACCCGACGAGGUUCUACGGGGAGGGAGGAGGAGGAAGAGGAAAGAGCCGGGUGGCGGCUGCUGUAGGUGGCAGCUGUAGGUUGUUCAGCGGCAUCGGCUAUUCUUUCCCAGCGGACGAUGGACAGCCAGGGCAGGAAGGUGGUGGUGUGCGACAACGGCACCGGGUUUGUGAAGUGUGGCUAUGCAGGCUCUAACUUCCCAGAACACAUCUUCCCAGCUUUGGUUGGAAGACCUAUUAUCAGAUCAACCACCAAAGUGGGAAACAUUGAAAUCAAGGAUCUUAUGGUUGGCGAUGAGGCAAGUGAAUUACGCUCAAUGUUAGAAGUCAACUACCCUAUGGAAAAUGGCAUAGUACGGAAUUGGGAUGACAUGAAACACCUGUGGGACUAUACGUUUGGACCAGAGAAACUUAACAUAGACACCAGAAACUGUAAAAUCUUACUCACAGAACCCCCCAUGAACCCAACCAAAAACAGAGAGAAGAUUGUAGAGGUAAUGUUUGAAACGUACCAGUUUUCUGGUGUGUACGUAGCCAUCCAAGCAGUUCUGACUUUAUACGCUCAAGGUUUGCUGACUGGAGUAGUAGUGGACUCUGGGGAUGGUGUGACUCACAUCUGCCCAGUUUAUGAAGGCUUCUCUCUCCCUCACCUCACCAGAAGACUGGAUAUUGCUGGGAGGGAUAUUACCAGAUAUCUUAUCAAGCUGCUUCUGUUGCGAGGAUAUGCCUUCAACCAUUCUGCAGAUUUUGAAACGGUUCGCAUGAUUAAAGAAAAAUUGUGUUAUGUGGGGUAUAAUAUUGAGCAAGAGCAGAAACUGGCCUUGGAAACCACAGUAUUAGUUGAAUCUUACACACUCCCGGAUGGCCGCAUCAUCAAAGUUGGGGGAGAGAGAUUUGAAGCACCGGAAGCUUUAUUUCAGCCUCACUUGAUUAACGUUGAGGGAGUGGGUGUUGCCGAAUUGCUUUUUAACACAAUCCAGGCAGCUGACAUUGACACCAGAUCUGAGUUCUAUAAGCACAUUGUGCUUUCUGGAGGGUCUACUAUGUACCCUGGGCUGCCAUCACGGUUGGAACGAGAACUGAAACAGCUUUACUUAGAACGAGUUUUGAAGGGCGAUGUGGAAAAACUUUCUAAAUUUAAGAUCCGCAUUGAAGACCCACCCCGCAGAAAGCACAUGGUGUUCCUGGGCGGUGCCGUCCUAGCAGACAUCAUGAAAGACAAAGACAACUUCUGGAUGACCCGGCAGGAGUACCAGGAAAAGGGUGUGCGUGUGCUGGAGAAACUCGGCGUGACUGUUCGAUAAACUCCAAAGCUUGUCCCCAUCACACCCCCGAUGCUUACUUUUUCCCUUUAUUGCUAAUCUUUGAACUUACUAAACUCCAAGACGUGGAAGAGGCCUCUCUUUGCCCUUUGACUGGAAAGGUCAGAUUUUAUUCUGGUGUCUUGGAGAAUCUUCGUUAAAUUUUUGUGCAGUGGGUAAAUCUGACUAUUUAAUUCAACCACUUCCUUACAAACACAAGGAGAGGGCAGAGGGUUGUGUCUGCUGCUUGGUUUCUUCCUGUAGGCAUUUAGAUCAUUCCUGUAGGCUUCCAGUUUUCACUUUACUGCUCUAAUGCUGCUAGUUUUAGCACACUAGGGGGUAUGCCUUUCUUAGCAUAAGAAGAAAACUUUUACGUGUUAUUGGGGGGGGCGGUGAGGGAUGGGUGGGCAGCUGCUGAACCCUUUAUGGCAUUUCCUCUGUAGUGUGGCUCUUUCAACAGUUACUGGUACAGAUUCAAGUACCUUAAAGCUCUAGUAUUAACAUUUUUGAGGAAUAUCAGGCUCCGAACUAAAGUGUUUUAUGUGGGAUUUUGUGUAGGGGUGAAAGGCAGUUACUGUCUUUUGAUUUUGAUUUUUUUUAUUUUUGAACUGUGUUGCUCAAAUGAUGAACUUUAUUUACCGAACUUUGAUUUGGCAGGUUUUCUUCUGGUUUUGGUCUGCCUGAACUGUUUCCAUAUGAUACAGAAAACAAGGAUAGUAUCCCAUUACCUUGUGGCUUAAGGAUUUGGCUUUUUAACAUCAACCAUGUAAUCUGGAACUCGACUCCCUAAAAUCUAUCAAUGAAAAAGUAGCGUGUAAAAAGUACUAGUGGACAUUUAAAUUACAGAUUUAAAAAGUGCUAAAGAGCUGGUCUUUUCUCAGUGCUUCUGCUUAUACCAGAAGCAUUAAGGUAACCAACCCAGCACCAGGUACCAUUCUUGGAAAUAAAUUAUUCUUUUAGUAGGUAGCUGACCAGUGCUUAUUUAAUAAGAAAAGAAAGUAGAUACAUAUAAAUAAUUACUGGCAGUAGGUUAUAAUUGUGGGAUUAAAAAUAACAUUGAAAUAUGGGACUUGUUGCCAGUUGGGUAAUUUUCAUUAGUUUUCUAUUUGUUUUGAUCUGAAACUUGGUCGUGAAGUAGAAUUUGAAUAUUUAAAAUGUUGGCCAGGAAAAAAAAUCAAGAUUUAAAUCUGUGUCUGUAUUGAAAAUUUAAUCAUAAUGACUAAAUCUCAGUCAUCUAUCUUAUGCUUGACUAUGAGUUGUCGGUAAUUUUUAAAUGUUCACAGACUUUCUUGCCUAUUUCAGAAAGUCAUAUUUAUGAAUCCUAUCAGAAUUCCUUGGUAUCUGAAAAAAAUAUCAAAUGGUACUCAGGCAUGAAUUCUUUCUAAAUUUGAAAAAUAAAGUAAUAAAUUGUAUUGCACUAAAUACAAAAUGUAGAUUCUGGGAAAAUGUUUUUUUUAUUUCAAAAAUUUUAUUUAAAAAAAGAAAGCUUUGCUUUGAAAGGAACUUUUUAAGGUUUUUUUUUGGACAAUUUAAAUUGGAGAAAUUAUUGGCUUUAGCGAGUCUUGUGAGAAAACUUAAAAAGUCAGUUUAUUUUAAUUUUCAUUAUGCAGCUUCUGUUAAUAUUAAGUACUUGUUCUCUGUUUUACCUCAAUUUGAACAAAUAAAAGAAGUUUGCCUGCAUGCUGGACAUGCUUCGGUACAUGUGAAUAGCCCGUGAAAAACAUCUGCUAGAUUUUAGGGCUCUGGGUGUCAGAGUACUUUGGAAUUCUAGAGUAGUCCUAAAUCACGUUCUUGUAAAUCCCCAGUCUUCUGCACACUGGGCUUUCUAAAGGACACAAAUGUAGGGCCAGUACCUACUGAGCUGUUCAUUUCAGGUAAAUGGAUUGACUCUGGGCCUCCGGUCAUGAUUUCAUAACACGGGGGCAGAAGACAACAGGGCGGGGUGGGCUCUUCAACAGACAACGGAAGAGCAUUCGGCGUCUGUCCCUUGAAUGUAGAAUUUGGCUUUAAUUUCAUAAUCAGCUAGCAAACAUGACAUUAAAGUGGUGGUAUUGAUAAUAUAUAGUAUAAUUUUAGAUUUUCAUUUUAUAAUUUUCCUAUUCCAAGAUUAAAGAAUGCAUUUAGUAGUUGUAGGGGUGGGAGAGAUAAUGUGUUUAAUUGGAGUUGUCUAGUACGAGUUUCUCAAAUUAAAAUUUUUUCUGUUUUAAAAGAGAUCCGAUUUCUAGCUCUUAAACCAUUGUCAUUUAAAUUUUUAAAAACGAUUAAAAUUCUUCUCUUUUACAAUUAGAAUUGCCAAUACCUUGA